AUGUCCCUCGAACACAGCGGAUCACCGAUCCACAGAAAGAGCUGAAGAUGUCGGCUCGGUCAUGUGAUCAGCUGUAUCCAAUCACAGCUGAUCACAUCAGCGCCACCUGUCAGAGUCCAUCAGUGCCGAUCAGUGCCACAUAUCAGUGCAUACCAGUGCACAUCAAUGCCACAUAUCAGUGCCCAUCUGAGCUGCCUUUCAGUGCCGCCUAUCAGUGCCAGUCAGUGCCACCUGUCAGUGCCGACUAUCAGUGCCAUAUAUCAGUGCUGCCUUUCAGUGCCCAUCAGUGAUGCCU